UUUUUUUUUUUUUUUUUUUUUUUUUUUUUUUGGGGCCAGAGUAAACCACUAAAUAUAUUUUUCACUACGAUUUUUGAAUGCACCGAUGAGAGAUCCAGUUUUUACAGGGACUGCCAUGGCUUACCACCCUUUCCACGCUCACCGGCCGACCGACUUUCCAAUGUCAGCUUUUCUCGCGGCCGCGCAACCCUCCUUCUUCCCGGCACUGACUUUGCCUCCCGGGGCUCUCACAAAGCCGAUCCCGGACCAUACCCUGGCUGGAGCCGUGGAGGCUGGGCUCCAUCCGGCUCUGAGUCACCAUCAUCAGGCAGCUCAUCUUCGCAGUCUCAAGAGCCUAGAGCCUGAGGAAGAAGUGGAAGAUGAUCCAAAAGUCACACUGGAAGCGAAGGAUCUAUGGGACCAGUUCCAUAAAAUAGGAACAGAAAUGGUUAUUACGAAAUCUGGCAGGAGAAUGUUUCCACCUUUUAAAGUCCGCAUUAAUGGACUCGAUAAAAAAGCCAAGUAUAUUCUAUUAAUGGAUAUUGUGGCUGCCGACGACUGCCGCUACAAGUUUCACAACUCUCGCUGGAUGGUAGCGGGGAAGGCCGACCCGGAGAUGCCAAAGCGAAUGUAUAUACAUCCGGAUAGCCCAGCUACUGGUGAACAAUGGAUGGCUAAGCCUGUUGCUUUUCAUAAACUGAAGUUAACGAACAACAUUUCGGACAAACAUGGAUUUACAAUUCUGAAUUCAAUGCAUAAAUACCAGCCCAGGUUCCAUAUUGUGAGAGCCAAUGAUAUUCUAAAGCUUCCGUACAGCACUUUUAGGACAUAUGUUUUUCCUGAGACCGACUUUAUUGCUGUCACAGCUUAUCAAAACGACAAGAUAACACAAUUGAAGAUUGAUAAUAACCCCUUUGCCAAAGGCUUCAGAGACACAGGGAAUGGAAGGAGGGAGAAAAGAAAACAGCUGACCCUUCCAACAUUACGCAUGUAUGAGGAUCAAUGCAAAGUGGACCGUGAUGGCGGAGACUCUGAUGCUUCCUCAAGCGAACCUGCAACCGGUAGAGAUGCUAGUCAUUCACCUGGACCGGUUUCCAGCCCACUUCGAUUUAACAGAAGCAGCAGAGAUGAGAAAACAUGCAGUGACAGUGAGCACGAAAUGGAUCCCCAAGAUGAGCGAUGUGGAGGCUCCAGCAGUCCUGGACCUGAGCCUCCAUCUCCAUUCAGGUCGAGAUGUGAGGACCGGGGGCGGGAGAGGCCUGUUCUGGAGAAAAAAGAGGAUUAUCCGGAGUCCCGAAAGUAUAGUAAUUCCACUUUUAGCAUAAAAAACUUGGAGAAAGACAAACUAGAGAGCAGGCAAAGGAAAGACACGGACCUGUCAAAGAAGGACACGGAAAACGGAGGUCUUAGCGGCAGUAAAGAGAGCUUCUCUCCUCUGAUGGUACAGACAGAAAGUCCUUCACAUUUUAGUGCAGGACAUCUUCAGAGUUUGGCGCUCUCCGGCCUACACAGUCAACAGUUCUUUAACCCACUAAACACCGGGCAGCCUCUAUUAUUCCACCCUGGACAGUUUGCCAUGGCACCUGGAGCGUUUUCAGCCAUGGGGAUGGGACAUCUAUUGGCUUCAGUAUCAGGAGCGGGUGGCCUGGAGAAUGGGAGUCUGUCGGCCCAGGGUACUGGAGGCACCCCAAAUCCUUUUCCAUUUCAUCUGUCUCAACACAUGCUUGCCUCUCAGGGCAUUCCGAUGCCAACCUUUGGUGGACUUUUCCCAUAUCCGUACACCUACAUGGCUGCGGCAGCUGCAGCGGCCUCCGCCCUCCCCGCGAGCAGCAGCACGGCCUCCUCACUCUCCAGAAACCCGUUCUUGAGCAGCUCCACUCGCCCUCGACUGCGAUUCAACCCGUACCAGCUCCCCGUGUCUAUCCCUCAAAGCACAAACCUACUCACCACCGGAUUGCCAAGCGGCCUGAACCCCUCAUCUGAAUCCUCUAAAUGUGGUAGCAGGGAGGCGAGUCCAGUGCCUGAGCAGCAUAAUCAUAAAUCUGGGGCUAGUCAGAGGAACGGCUCUCCUAAAACAACAAUGAAGGAAUCCAUCAAUGAACUUCAGAAUAUUCAGAGACUAGUGAGCGGCCUAGAGAGUCGUCGGGAGACUUCCUCGCCUCGGGAUUCCCCCAAGUGAUCAAGCGUCCCCAAACCUAUCCAGGGAAUGACUUGAAUUGCCAGAGGAUUUUAUUAAGUGGUUCUCUGUGAGAGAUUUCACAAUGUACUGUUUUUUUUUUUUUUUUUUUUUUUUUUUUUUUUUGCAUGGAUGACUGGAGUGGAAAAAAACAAACAGCAGUCAACAAGCAAAAAUAUUAAUAAUAAUAAUAAAAAAAAUGUUGCAUAAAUUGGACUUGUUGCACUUGUAGCGGAGAUCUGCUGCGGAAGUGCUGCGAAGACAAUCUACGGUGGCCUAAUUGACUCUUCGUAGAACGUGUUGCAAAGACCACGCCAAUCUAGUGAAGAGAGGAAUUUACAAAUAAAAUCCUUUUUAUUUUUAUUUUUUAUUUUUUAUUUUUGUGUGUGUGUGUGUGUGUGUGUGUGUGUGUGUAACGUCAGUAGGAUCACUACUGGUCACAAUAUCUAAAUGGUGAUUCAAUUAAGAUUGAAAACAUCAAAGCUACAUCCAAAAAGGAAAAAGACAAAAAAGAAGAAACAACAAGAAGAUAAUGAAAUUAAAAAAGGAUACGUCAAAAGGGAUUGAAAUGACAGUUGGACCGUUAGUUAAAUCCGACAGACAGUUAUAGCCUACCUGAACUAUUUAAUGUAAUUAUUAAUAAAAGAAUCCUAAUUCUGUAAAUAAGCUACAAGGACCUAAGAAUAUGCAAAUUGGUAUUAAUUUAUUCAAAGCUGUACAUUUGCGUGUACAUAAUAUUUAGAGUUUAACUCAUUGCAUUUUUUUUUUCUCUCCAUUUUUCACAAUUGUAAAUGUAAGGCAUAGCGUUUGUUGUUUGGAUACAGAAGAUGUACCUAUCUGUGAUGCGUUGCUGUUUAAUCUGCCUGUGACACGUAAUGAAAGCGUGUGCCAUCAUUGACUUGUAACAGUCGCUGUAAAAUAAAAAAAAAAAAAAAAAAAACAAACAAAAAAAAAAUAAAAUAAAAAAACACAUCACGCCGGAGAAACAUAUCUGCGGGACUCACAAGGUUUGGGAAGCCUCAGGUUAAUGUAUACUCCAACAGAGAAGAGACUGACAUUCCUCUUCUUGAGCUGAGUUUAUAUAAAGAAAUAUAUGAACGUG